AUGGGUGUUGGAUCUCGUCUCAGCCAUUCAGGGUCUCUUGGGACCGUUUGUUACACGGGAGAAGUCGAAAGGACUAAAGGUACCUGGCUGGGCGUCGAAUGGGAUGAUCCUAACAGGGGCAAACAUAGUGGCGAACAUAACGGAAAGGUAUACUUUCAGUGUAGCAUUCCUGGCGCUGGAUCAUUCAUUCGCCAGACAGCGGAGACUUCGUUUGGUGUAACUUUCCGUCGCGCACUAGAAGACAAAUACCUUAGCGGCCUCAAUGCCCAUGAGGAAAAACUGGCCCCCAAUACUGCAGAGGUUUUUCUGCUAGGUACGAUUGAGAUCGAAGCGCCCAAUUUCGAUCGCGUACGGCAGAAAUUCUCUCGUAUCGAGAAGCUCAAGGAACUCAGCCUUGAUGGAGAGGGUGUCUCCAGCAUAGAAGCAGACGAUGAAUUGCGGAGAUGGUGUCGAAAUGUACAGGGCUUGAACCUAUCCAAGAAUUUGUUUACGGGCUGGAACUCCAUCUUAGUUGCUAUGAGCUUUUUACCCGCUUUGAAGUCCCUGAGUCUCGACCGGAAUCGUUUCCAGACACUGACGUCCCCUCUGCCGGAAACAUCAUCACGGGUGACCGAAUUGAGGCUUAAUGACACUUUAAUGUCAUGGGAGGAGCUCCCGUACAUUGCUCCAGCUUUCCCAAAACUAGAGGCCCUUCAAUUGGGCUUCAAUAGAUUGCAGAGGCUGGGUCCUUGGAAGCUGAGCUCCUCGCUUGUAUCCACUCUGAGGCUGGUCUUUUUGGACGGAAACUUGUUAAGUGACUGGGUCAACAUUACGGAGGCUGUAUCGGGCAUUACAAAUCUCCGCCAUGUGAGCCUGUCAUCCAACGCUUUCGUUGAAAUACCUCGGAACACCUCGAGUCCUCUCGGGAACCUGAAACACCUCGUCCUGAGCUCCAACAUGUUAUCCUCAUGGAUGUCAGUCGAUGCUGUUGGAGAGUGGUGCCCCGCCUUGGAGUCACUUGGAAUUACUGGUAAUCCUAUUACUGCUGUGGAGGACUCGACUGUUCGAGCAUUUAUUAUCGCCCGUCUCCCCUCGCUUAGAACUCUCGACGGAGGAGAAAUUCGAACAUUCGAGCGACGUGACGCUGAGCUCUUCUAUCUAUCUUAUAUAGCAAACUCUAUUGAAGAUGAAGACCUUCGUAAACGAGAGCAUCCUCAAUGGGAAGCGCUGUGUCAGAAACAUGGACGUCCAGACGUCACUAAACCUGCCCCAAAGGGUACAAUGGCCGACCGGAUGAUAACCCUACACCUCCAUCAACUUCCCAAAAAACACCCUUCAUCAAAUGUCCUCACAGCUGACAUGGUCCCUGAGAGCGUUGCUACCCUUCGGGUCCUUCCUAGCAUGCCAAUCCGCCUACUCCGUAUGAAAAUUUUCAAAACGCUGAAAAUCCCUCCUGACAAGGGGAAAGAUGCACUGCUUUGGACUCUCUUCAACCGCAUGGAUAACACCUGGCUUGCAACUGAACUUCCUUCAGCAGAAAAUCGGGAGAUUGACUGGUAUGGUGUGGAGGAUGGCAGUGGUAUAGGGGUGUGGGUGUAA